AUGGCAGACAAGAAACGAAGCGUGGUGUGGUGUUAUUUUUCACCAGUAGACAAAGCCACGGCACGGUGCGAACUGUGUGACAAACAAGUGCCACACAGCAGCAACACCAGCAAUUUAUUUAAACAUAUGAAGACCACACAUCCCGAGAGCCACAGUGAGCUGGUAAAAAGACAGGCUCACGCUGCUGUGAAAGAACCUGCACCGCCGCCCGCAGCCCGGCAGAAGACCCUGCACGAAAGUCUGCAAAAAAGCCAAAUGUAUCCAGGUUGCCAGGGAGGUGUGUAUCAGAGGAAGUUGUACCAGGACCUGAUGGUCAACUACAAUCGUCUGGAGAGACCGGUCCAGAACGACUCCGCGCCCAUCCUGGUUGAACUUGGUUUCACGUUGCUCCAGAUCAUCGAUGUGGACGAGAAGAACCAAGUUUUGAUCACCAAUGCUUGGCUGCAGCUGCACUGGACAGAUAUCUACCUCACAUGGGACCAAGACAGCUACCCUGGUGUUCAAAACCUGCGAUUCCCUUCCAAUCUGAUAUGGGUGCCAGAUAUUCUGCUGUACAACAGUGCUGAUGAGAGGUUUGAUGCAACUUUCCAUACAAAUGUGCUGGUCAACGCCACAGGAGCCUGCCAGUAUAUCCCACCAGGCAUCUUGAAGAGUACAUGCUACAUCGAUGUGCGCUGGUUCCCAUUUGAUGUGCAGAAGUGUGACCUGAAGUUUGGAUCCUGGACACACAACGGCUGGCUGCUGGACCUCCAGAUGAUGGAUGUGGACAUUUCCACCUACAUACCCAAUGGCGAGUGGGACCUUGUUGGUGUGCCGGUCAAACGUAAUGAGCUGUAUUACGACUGUUGCAAAGAACCGUACCCUGAUGUGACGUUCACUGUCACCAUGCGCCGUAGGACACUUUACUACGGGCUCAACUUGCUCAUCCCCUGUGUGCUAAUCUCUGGUCUGGCCCUGCUGGUCUUCCUGCUGCCUGCAGAUUCUGGAGAGAAGAUCUCGCUUGGCAUCACCGUGCUGCUGUCUCUGACUGUCUUCAUGUUGCUGGUAGCAGAGAUCAUGCCUGCCACGUCAGACUCUGUUCCUCUUAUUGCUCAGUACUUUGCCAGUACAAUGAUGAUCGUGGGUUUAUCCGUGGUCGUGACGGUUCUCGUUCUACAGUUCCACCACCAUGACCCUCAGGGAGGCAAAAUGCCCAAAUGGGUUCGAGUCAUCCUCCUCAACUGGUGUGCUUGGUUCCUGCGCAUGAAGAAGCCUGGGAAGGACGUCAAAAGAACAGCUCAAUCCAGCAGUUGCUCAGCAUACAAGUACCCUCACAACUCUCCGCACCAUCACAGCAGCAACAGCAUGCAGAUGAGCGCCACAGCCGGCCAGGCGUCCACUCAGUCCACCCUUAAUGGGAACAUGAAGCUGUACCUGGGAUACAUGGGAACAGACAACCCUUCUUUCCCACCCGCCACCGAUUCGGGUGACAUCCACUCGGAGCAAACGCGGACUUUGUUGCACGAGAGACUCCCGGAAAUUUCCCAGAUCCUAGAGGAAGUGCAGUUCAUCGCCAGGCGCUUCCGAGAGCAGGACGAGGGAGAGGCCAUCUGUAGCGAGUGGAAGUUCGCAGCCGCGGUGGUUGAUCGUUUAUGCCUGGUGGCUUUUUCACUCUUUUCCAUCAUUUGCACCUUCACCAUCCUCAUGUCUGCCCCCAACUUCAUCGAGGCCGUGUCCAAAGACUUCACAUGAAGCAAAUGAUCGUCAUCUCAUGUUGAACGUUCAGGCCGUAUGACUGAAGCCCUGCAAGAUCUCUUCCAUACUUCACCUUCAAUCAAUCAAUCAAAGUUUAUUUAUACAGCCAUAAUCACAAGUGUCUCAAAGGGCUGCACAAGCCACAACGACAUCCUCGGCUCAGAUCCUUGCCUGUGGAUGUUCUCGUUCAUCGGGUCUGUGGAUGUUCUCGUUCAUCAGGUCUGUGGAUGUUCUCGUUCAUCAGGUCUGUGGAUGUUCUCGUUCAUCAGGUCUGUGAAUGUUCUCGUUCAUCAGGUCUGUGGAUGUUCUCGUUCAUCAGGUCUGUGAAUGUUCUCGUUCAUCAGGUCUGUGAAUGUUCUCGUUCAUCAGGUCUGUGGAUGUUCUCGUUCAUCAGGUCUGUGAAUGUUCUCGUUCAUCAGGUCUGUGGAUGUUCUCGUUCAUCAGGUCUGUGGAUGUUCUCGUUCAUCAGGUCGUCGCAUUCUCCGUGCAUUCAGUCGAUCACAGCUGGACUGUUCUGUUUGUCUCAGAAGAUGUUUCACCUCUCACCUGAGCAGACUUCAUCAGUUCAUGCUCAUGACUUAAAUUGGUCAGAGCCAGUGUCAGGGCCCAAACUCUUUAUCCUCAAGCAGGAGGAGGGGUACAUGCCAAGGCAAGAAAAGGUUUGUGGUCUAAAAUGUUGUAGCUAUGGUAAGAUACAGAGAAGUGACACUUCUGUCAGCACAACAACAGUCAUUAAAUGGCAUUCCUCCUCCUUAUUAUUGUUUGGAAAAACAAUUACGGUUAAGAGACCUCAACCAGCACAACAACAGUUGUUGGAAUGCAAUCACCGUCCUUAGCAUUCUAUGUAUUAAUAGCACAAAAGGAGCAUCAGGAAAUGGAAUGUUCCUAACUCCUGCUUUUUGUUGAAUGCCAAAUUUUAGUCUGUUAGGAAUAGUUGAACUGGCAGUGUUGUAUGUGUUGAGCAGUGGUUUUUCAACCUUGACAUAGAUGGCUUCAAUCACUCCCCUUUCAUUUCAUCUUCUCUGUCCAGAAUCUGUAAAUUUGUUUGUCCUUUCUUCUUUCUUUUCUUCAAAUGAUUUAAUUUAAAGGUGCCAUAUGUAGACAUUUCAUGUGAACUCAUCAUUAAAUUAACCUGACUCUUGCCAGACCCUUGUAGUUCGCUGAGCUCCACACAACGGUCUGGGCUCGAAGGCAUUGCAAACUCCUUCCAGAUAGCAACAAAUAAUGAACCAAUCAGGAUGGCUGGGCGGGAUUUCAUAGAUGUGACGUAACGCCGAAGCGACUGUUUGAUUCAAACAACUAUGGCGACACACAGCGUCAUGUGCUGACAUUGAUUCUGCUAUCGCAACUGUUUUGUCGAAUCAAAUGAAUAUUAAUUCUUUAAAAGAUGAACAGAGAACGGUUUUGAAGGCAUUUAUUGGUGGCAAGGAUGUUUUGGCUCUUCUUCCGACCGGGUUUGGAUUUCCCACGCUCUCAUCAGUGUCACGGGUUGAUUUCGAUGUGAGUGGUUGAAGUAGCACGUCAUUCAAGAUAACGGACAAGUGGUUUAUCCAAUCACAUACAAAUAUUUUUUUUACAAGGCCCCGCCUUCUGAAAUACAUCUCCUAUUGAGAACUCCCAGAUUAUUGUGUGGAGCUCAGCGAACGACAAGGAUCUGGCGAAAGUCAGGUUAUCAUAAAAUGGCCCUGAUAUGUCAAAAGGCAUUAAUAAAUCAUGUUCUUUUCGAAUACCUUUAUAACUGAUAACAGUAGUUCAGCCGGGAUAUGCUCAUUUCAAAAUUAGAUUUACAGCCCCGAAAUCUUGUUAUUGUUUUCAUUUCGAUGCUCCGCCCUCCCCCGUUUCACCACUUAGAAAGUCUGUGAGUGUGUCACAUCCAGGUUGCCAGUUACGCACCGCCACCUUCGUCUGGCUACUGCCACUGGUAAAGUUACUAAACAUGUCAGACCUUAGUAAACCUAAAAUGCCUCGUUACGAUUCUCAAUUCAUGACAAAACCAGGAACAAAACGAGGAUUUGUUUCGGGGAUGUCUUUGAAAGAUGGAGACCAUUGAAGGCGCAGAAGAUUUUUUCCUCUGACGCCAAACUUGCUAAUUUCCUCCUUGAUAGGUAAGUAAGGCAUGUACGUUUUCUUUAUACUUGUAAUAAAUGGAAAUGGACAUUUCAUAUGUAAAAUAUAUUGUCCAAUACGGUCUAUGAUCUUGUCUAACAAAGCUAGUAUGUUCGUGCAACGAAUGCUUAGCAUGCUAGCCCGGUCAAUGACACAUCGACAUACAGGCUAACGGGGGAAAUAUAUGCCUGUUAGUCUGUAUGUCGAUGUGUCAUCCAACUGACAAAUAAAACGUGUGGAUAUGGGUAGUGUCAGUUCCUAUUUCCUUGUCAAUAUGCUGAUACGCUGAGGAAAUGCGUUCCAAUAUUAACACGGCUAAUUACGGUUUCUGGUACUGUAUGUGCAUCAGGCACAUAUGGGUGGUAUUUGCUUGGCACAAUAUAAUGCAUUACAUGUAAUGAUUUUCUACUUUGUGUAUGGUAGUAGGCUAUAUGAUUUAUGCGUAACGUGGUUUAUGCGUAACGUGGGUUGGCUCAUAGAAUUGCACUCUGCACUGAAAGAUUGUGAUGUGCAUACAUGGAAGAGAAUGCAGUGCGUCAUUUUGGCGGUAAUUUUAGUGUUGGCCUUGGCUUGCCAUCAAAGUAGGCCUAUGCGAUAUAUGAUAUACUAUAUAUUAAUAUUUAUAAUUAUUUCGAUGGUGGUCCGUGCGGUCAAACUAGACAUUUUAGCAGGGUAAUGCCAACAAUCUGUCCCGACUAAAUUAUUGCUGGAUAACUUUACAAAUACAUUUGGCUAAUCGACAUCAGUAAAAUGUGGCAUAAUUACUUAGUAAACCAUCUUACAAGAAGCAUAAACAAGAGAAACCUACAGCGUAGGACUCGUCGAUUACCAUUUGAAGUUCCUUGGAUUCGUAUUCGGGUGCGUAUCUGGCAACCUCAGUCAUGGAGAAUGGGAGGGCACUACAGAAUUUUGACCGUGAUUGCAGUACCAUUUCUGACUACAUGACUACAUAAGGCACCUUUAACUUCAUUCACUGGGCAAAGUCCUACUGGGAUUAAGAAUCUAUUUGUUUUCCUUGCCCACUUUGUUCUUGUUCUUUCUAGAACUGGUUGGAGUUUAUUUUUAUUUUUUAUAUUUAUAAAACUGCUCGGAUUAAAGAAACGUCUUCUCAAACAACCUGAACAGUCCAGUAGUGAUCGACUGAAUGCCCUGAGAAUACUUCACACAAUUUUCCUUUACAGUCCUACCUCGGUUUUUCUCCUGGAUAUGUUCCAAAAAAAGUCAGUUGGAAACCAAAUUGUGUAAAGACUAAAAGCAUUCUUUUUUUUUUUUUUACAUAAGGAAUAAUAUAAAUCUAAUUAAUUUGGUAAAUAAGAAAUAAUGUAAAGCGAAUUAUUUCGAUCCAGAAACCUAAAAAUAUGAACAAAAAUAAUGUAGUUUCUCCCAUCAGAAGGUUGGUUAAGAACGGAGUAAGAAGCAAAGAGUCAAGAUGGGCGAACACACGUCUACACAAACUACUGCUCGUUAGUGUUAUGUCUAAGUGUUUUUAUAGAAAUAAGGGGAAACAACUACAAAAGUACACUUCAUUCACUAACCGCGUUAUAACAAAGAUCAGUUAGGAUAAUACAUAAAGUUGGAUAUAGGGAACAUUCAAACCCUUUGCUUUUUUAAUCAAAAUGAUUGAAAUUCAAUUAUUGAUGCAUUUGCAAACAGUUAAAGUUAUGUACCAGACAAACUAUAAACUGCUACUCAAAAACAAUUCUUAUCAACAAAAGAACUCAAAACCCAAAGUGUUUACAAAGUACUAGAAGAAUAAUAAUGAUAAACAUCUUGAACCAUAUUUAAAAAAAAAAAAAGUGAUUUAUUUAAUUAUGUGAAUCACAGUUUACUUAACUAUUUAUUCAGUGCAACUUAAUUAUUAAUAUUAUUUAUGUUACAGAUCAGCUUUGCUUUUUCCUACUUCUUUUUGGAAAGGAUGUAAUGAGAAAUUGGAAAUGUGUGAUGAACCAUAUUGUAGCUGUAUGCAUGUUCUAAAUAAACUGACAUCAUUACCAAGAUAUGAGGAGGAUGAUUAACAAUUAUGACGCUCAGUGAAGCCCAAAGAGAUGUGGGUCCAAAUAUGUAGGCCAGAGUCUAUAGCAAAAAAACUAAUAUAUAAUAAACUAACAUAUAUAUAUAUAUAUAUAUAUAUAUAUAUAUGUCUUAAUAAGGUUAUCCAAAAAAUAGUGCUCGAUACCGUAGUAGAGCGCAAU